CGGUUUCCCAAGGAACUGUCCGACCGCGUGUUUUUCUAUAUAAACAAAACGGGCUUCUUGGAGAGCAGAAUUAUAAGAAGCCCAACAGGCAGAGAUCCAUUCACAUAUCAAGAGCUUCAUAGAUUGAUCGCUUCUUUCAUCACACACAAACCAGAAGAAAGAAAGAAAGAAAGAAAGAAAGAAAGAAACAGAGCAGGGAUCAAAGAUGGCUUCAUCCAUGAUAAUUAAGAUUGCAGUUUUUGCCUUCACAUCACUUGUCUGCCUGCAAACCGUUCUGGGUGCCCUGACAUGCGAGGAGUUGCCCACAGAGGUCUGUGCAUUUUCUGUUGCUUCCUCUGGAGCACGCUGUGUUCUUGAGAAGUCUGUCUUGAGUGAUGGCAGUGAUGAAUACCAGUGCAUGACAUCAGAGAUCAUAGCAGAAAAGAUCAGUGAAUGGAUUGAAACAGAGGAAUGUUUGAACGACUGCGGGCUUGAGAGAAUUGUAGUAGGAUUGUCCAGUGAUGGUCUAAUGGAGUACAGAUUUACCAGCAAAUUGUGCUCUCCAAAGUGCUAUAACAACUGCCACAACAUCAUUAAUCUCUACUUCAAUCUUGCUGCAGGAGAAGGAGUUUACCUGCCCCGCCUGUGCCAAGCUCACAGAAGUGGAUCCCGGCGCAUGGUACAAGAAGUUUUGGAUCGAGAACAGUCAAGUAUUACAGCUGAAUCAUUCGUAUUUGCUUCUGCUCCUUCCUCCUCUCAGGACAGCACAACUCUUAGUCCUGUGGGUUCUCCAGUUCCAUAGAAGAUAGGUCAUAGAUUUCUGGUUUCCCGAUUUAUGGGAUUGUUUUAUGGUUCCUCGGACCUGUUUAAUUGAUUGCAGAGCUUGCGGAUAUUUUCUCGCCUAUUCUUAUGGUCUAGGUGGGUUUUGAAUUGUUUGCAAGGGUUUGUAACCCUUAGGAAAUAAAUUAUUCUUCCAGUGUACCAUGUUGUACCCAUAGGCACUCCUUUCAUGUAUUCUUCUGAAAUUGGUAUUAUAUUCCUUUGUGAUUCUCUUACAA